AGGCGGCAGCAGCGGCGGGCGGGGUCACGAACUCUGACCUUUCACAGGGGCACGGCACGAAACCAAAACAAACUCCCCCCCCCGCUAACAAAUACUACUAACCCGAGGCCCCCCCUCCCCUCCGCCCUUUCGGGCCCGUCGCCCAGCACCGCUGCUUAACAGGCCCGGUUGGACCCGGGUCACCGCCGGAGCACGUUUGGCGCCAAAGCCUGAGGUUCUCUAAUGAUCUUGCUUCACCAUGGCAACCAAUAUGGAGGUGCUGGCUCAGCAGAUAGUGGAGACACAGCAGGUGGCUGAGGUACAGACUGUUCAGACAUCAUUAUCUGAAUCUCCAGUGAUGACCAGCCCCUCUCAACGCAUCCAAAUUAUCUCUACAGACUCUUCUGUAGCUUCACCACAGCGCAUUCAGAUUGUGACAGAUCAGCAAACAGGACAGAAAAUCCAGAUAGUUACAGCAGUGGACUCAUCAGUGUCUCCGAAGCAACAGUUUAUCUUGGCCAGUCCAGAUGGAACUGGAACAGGAAAGGUGAUAUUGGCAGCACCUGAAACAUCUAAUGCCAAGCAACUUAUCUUUACCACCACUGACAACAUUGUACCAGGCAGAAUUCAGAUUGUGACAGACUCUGCUUCAGUGGAACGUUUGUUGGGUAAAGCUGAUGUCCAGCGACCACAAGUAGUAGAAUAUUGUGUUGUUUGUGGAGAUAAAGCGUCAGGUCGUCACUAUGGCGCUGUCAGUUGCGAGGGAUGCAAAGGUUUCUUUAAAAGGAGUGUAAGGAAGAAUUUGACCUACAGUUGUCGUAGCAACCAGGACUGUAUCAUCAAUAAACACCAUCGGAAUCGUUGCCAGUUUUGUAGGCUUAAGAAAUGCCUAGAGAUGGGCAUGAAAAUGGAAUCGGUUCAGAGUGAAAGAAAGCCUUUUGAUGUGCAACGGGAGAAACCAACCAACUGUGCAGCUUCAACUGAAAAAAUCUAUAUCAGGAAAGACCUAAGAAGCCCUCUCAUAGCAACUCCAACAUUUGUAGCAGAUAAAGAUGGUGCCCGGUCAACGGGUCUUCUUGAUCCAGGAAUGCUUGUGAAUAUUCAGCAGCCAUUGAUACGGGAUGAUGGUACAGUCCUGCUAGCUACAGACUCCAAGGCUGAGACAAGUCAGGGUGCUUUAGGAACACUGGCAAAUGUUGUAACAUCCCUUGCCAGCCUCACUGAGUCACUUAAUAAUGGAGAUACUUCUGAAAUCCAACAAGAGGAUCAAUCUGCAAGUGAGAUCACUCGUGCAUUUGAUACUUUGGCUAAAGCACUUAAUACCACAGAUGGCACAGUAGCUCAGAACUUGGCAGAUGGGAUGGAUCCUACAGGAGGAGGGAAUAUUCAUGUAAUCAGCAGAGAUCAGUCAACACCAAUAAUUGAAGUGGAAGGACCCCUACUUACAGAUACACAUGUCACAUUUAAGCUAACAAUGCCUAGUCCAAUGCCAGAGUACCUUAAUGUACAUUACAUCUGUGAGUCAGCAUCACGACUGCUUUUCCUCUCAAUGCACUGGGCUAGAUCCAUCCCUGCUUUCCAAGCACUUGGACAGGACUGUAACACAAGCCUAGUUCGUGCCUGCUGGAAUGAGCUGUUUACCUUAGGCCUAGCACAGUGUGCACAGGUGAUGAGUCUAUCUACUAUCCUAGCAGCUAUCGUCAACCACCUGCAGAACAGCAUACAGGAAGAUAAGCUUUCCGGAGACAGAAUAAAGCAAGUCAUGGAACACAUCUGGAAACUUCAGGAAUUCUGUAACAGCAUGGCCAAGCUUGAUAUUGAUGGAUAUGAAUAUGCAUACCUUAAAGCUAUAGUCCUCUUUAGCCCUGAUCACCCUGGUCUGACGAGUUCAAGCCAAAUAGAAAAAUUCCAAGAGAAGGCACAGAUGGAAUUGCAAGACUAUGUCCAAAAAACCUAUCCAGAAGAUACUUAUAGGUUAGCCCGGAUUCUAGUUCGCCUACCAGCACUUAGACUGAUGAGCUCUAGUAUUACAGAGGAACUUUUUUUUACUGGCCUCAUAGGAAAUGUUCCGAUUGACAGCAUAAUCCCAUACAUCCUCAAAAUGGAAACAGCAGAGUAUAAUGGUCAAAUAACUGGCACGUCUGCAUAGUCGGAACAAUGCAUCUCGAUGGAUCAAAGUAAUUUUAGUAAAACAAGUAACUACACAAUUAAGAGAAAUAAGUUUUUUAAAAAAAAAUGACAUUUUGGUAUGUACAAAUAUUUCCAACAUGUUACCAGUUUCCUACGAGACUGCUCCUUGUCUAUUUAUUUCCAGUGACAAAGUAUAAAAAGCUAUUAAAACACCUACAACUAGGACCCUUUUCUGCCACAAGGAGUGUUUUGAUGCCUUUCAUUCAAAAGGCUGUAGAUUACUGAACAUACUUUUAACAUGCUUUGUAUUUAGAAAUUAUCAAUGGGCAAAAAUAGAGUUUUAUAAUGUCAGAGAUUAGUAUUAAAAAUUGCUAAAAGAAGAACAGUAUGUAUAUAUUUAAAAUUUUCCUUGGAAUUAAUAUCUAAUAAUUACCAGGGUAUAAUGAUGAUAGCACUUUCUAAGCACUUCUUGUCAAAGCGAUAAUGUCAUCAACAUUUUUGCUUAUGAGCAGGGCAAAUGGAAAAUUGCAUAUGUUUUUGGUCAAAAUGCUAGUAAUUUCUGUGAAGGCUAUAGGAGACAAUCAUUUAUACUACAAAAAAUUGCUAUUAAUAAUGUUAUGCAUUUAAUGGUAAAGUGGAAAUUUAAAGCAAAUUUCUACACUGUUAGCACUAAACUCUGCUAAAUUAGUGAAAAUGAGGUUUAUUUGACAUAAGCAUAGUAACUAUAGUAUAAUUAGCAGCAUUAAUAAAUGCUUCAGAAAUUGCCCAAAUUGGAAGGCAGAAUACCAGUUUCUUGCCAUAGUAAUAAUGAAACUUUCAGAUUCCUGAAAGUUUCAAUUCCAGCCUGGCAUAGAUGUUUACACAGUCAUGAUAGAUGUUAUUCCAACAGGACGACUUUUGGUUGUGGGGGAAAUCAAUCAUGGGGGAAAUCAGUCAUUAACUGGCAGGGAAGCAAUCCUUUCAAAUAAAGUCAUGCAUUCCUAGGCUCUGUGUAUACUUUUUAUAUUUCCAAAUUCAUUCCUUCUGUCUGCAGCCCUAAAUGACCCUCACCAUCCUAGGAGCCAAAGGGGAUGAUUGUGACUUCGUUAGAGCCCAUAAUGCUGCUGUCAGCUAUGGGAUAAGUGCAGAACAUGAGAUUCUCUUCCUUUCCCAGGGACUGAGCAUCCUGUCUUUGCAAUGCUUCCUACCCCAUUCUGACCCAGUUCUAAAUUGGAGUGUCAGCUGGGUUUUUUAUAUUCAUUCAUGUGCAGUUACAGUUAAUGACGAUUGUUUGGAG